CUCAGCCGGACCCAAUUUUCGCACUCCAGCUUCGCAGCUCUUCCGCCGACCUUCGCACCACAACCCACCACAAAACCACCCAUCAUGAAGGUUGCGACACGACUGCCAAUGCGGCUGGCGCCCCGGCUCGUCAAUGCCCCCGUCUUCCUCCGCCCGAUUCACUCCACGGUCGCGAAGCCCGCCAAUGUCGCUCCGAUCGUCGGCACCGGCCCGCCGCCCGCGCCGCCGGAGCCCCCGACCGCGGCCGAGGUCAAUGUGCACCAGCGUGUCGCCCGGAGGAGGAAGCAGGCGGAGAUGCUGAAGCAUGCCAAGGAGAUUCGCAGUGUGAGCGCUGGCAAGACUGGCACUCUGACGAAGCGGUUCUGGAAGGAUGUUGCGGUCAAAGAAGUGGACGGCGCUUAUGAGAUUCAUCUUGAUACCCGACCUCUUCGACAUCCCAAUACGAAGGAGAUCAUUCGUCUCCCGCUGUCGAAGCCCGACCUCGCCUCUGCCCUCGCUCUCGAAUGGGACCUCCUGACGUCCGCUCAAGAUGCGACUAGACAGCACCUGAUCCCGCUUACCAGUCUUAUAUGCCGAGCGCUUGACAUUGCGGAGGCCGAUGUGGCGGCUGGAUCUGCGACCUCGGAGGUCCGAGCCGGUAUCGCGACGACUCUGUUGAAGUAUCUGGACACCGACUCGAUCCUUUGCUGGGCGCCGCCGACCGGAGAGCACGACUUGAGGAAUGAUGCCGGAGAGGGACUACGGGAUGUACAGAAGCGCACGGCUGAGGAGAUUGUCUCGUUCAUGACCACCCACGUCUGGCCCGGCGUCACAAUCAACCCUGUCCUGGACGGCCACUCCAUCUCCCCUCAGGCACAGGCGCCUGGCGUCCGCGAGGUUGUCCAGGGCUGGAUCACUGGGCUCGACUCCUGGGAGAUCGCCGGCCUUGAGCGGGGCGUGCUGGCAGGCAAGAGCCUCAUCGCCGCGGCCCGGCUCGUCUCCGAGUGGAGCGAGGGCUCCGUCGGCAAGGGCGAGCUCAACACCGGCAAGAAGUUUGGCGUCGAGGAUGCGGCCGUGGCUACGAGCUUGGAGGUGGACUGGCAGACUGGGCAAUGGGGAGAGGUGGAGGACACGCACGACGUCAACAAGGAGGACGUGAGGAGGCAGAUGGGCAGCGUUGCGCUGUUGGUGUCUGGCACUGCCAAGAGUGCUUGAAGGCUCUGCCAGUGGACAUGACAGAGUGUACGACGAGUUAUGGAAAAGGCAACAGAGUGUCAGUGUUGUCCGGCUUGUACACUACGGUUCAAAACAUGUACUAUUUAGAAAUAGCUCAGUGAAAUGCAGAGCAGCAACGCAUUGAGAGUAGCGGUGGCUGUAAAUAAUAUGCAGAUUGACGUCGAUGAUGCUUGGCAGUGCUCGUAUUCAGUUGCGGUGGAGCGUUGGGUGACUGGACUACGUACUGUAGGUUUGUAUGGUGGAGAUGAAAUGCCAUCUCGGUCUACAACAACCAACAGGGAGCCUCCAUGUAGCGCUCAAUUGCGAGUGUUUCUUGGUAUGGAGCAGACGCCAAUGGUUG